CGUUGAUCGCCUUAGCGCUAUCAAGAUGGCCUGGGGGGAGAGGGUGGCGUUUGCGAUGAUAUACAUCAAGGAGGCGCACGCGGCGGACGUCUGGCCCAUAGGCGAUCACCUGACCAUAGAGCGACCCAACGAACCCAAAAACAACGAGGACCGCAUCAAGAGUAAGCCGCGCCAUUAAUGCACUGCACUGCACUGCUGGCCCCCUGUCUGUCUGUGAGUGUGUGUACGUUUGGCUGGUCCCUGGCCUGUGUAUGUAGAUGCUCGCGAUUUCCUUGACGUGUUUGGCAACUUCACCUGGCCCGUGUACAUCGACACCGUAGCCAAUGAGUUCGAGAAGGAGUUUGCACCAUGGCCGUUCCGGUGAGGGAAUCAGUGGGUGUGGUGUGCGGUGGGAGGGAGGGAGUGCACCCAUCCAUCCAUCCAUCCGUCCAUCCAUCCACCAUGCCGUAUGUGUGUGAUUUGGUCAGCUUCUACAUCAUCGACAGCAGCAUGAAGGUCCUGUGGAAGGCCCAGCCCGUCGCAGGUACGGCCGUCAACAAACACAACACACACACACACACACACAAAGUAUUAGAGGACACCAUCUCCCUGCUUAAAUGACUCAGUCCUGUCCUGUGCGGUGUGUGUGAAUGUGUGUGUUGGUCUGUCAGAUGAGUGCACCUACGACACGACGGACAACCCCAACGGCGUCGAGGGCAAGAUCAAGGAGCUCCUCGCCGCACACACAGACACACAGCAGGGCCAGGCGACAUCAUAGCUAGCUGUACCUGCGCCAUCCAUCCAUGUGAGAGUGUCUGAGAGAGGCAGAGGGAGGGAGGGGUGUGUGUAUCUGGCGCGUCACGUCACGUGUGCCGUGUGUGCGUGAGGGCGUGGUGCGGUGUGGGUGUGUGCGGCGAGUGACGUGGCGGCGGUGAAAGCGCAUUUCUGCGCAGCUGCCCCACUGAAGUGCUGCUGACUGCCCAGCCUGCCUGCCUGCUGCUGCUGCACGGACACAUGUGAGUGGUGGCGUUGGACUCUCUUCUCUCUCCUCUGCCUGCAUGCCUGCCUGCAUGGCUGCGUGUGCGUGGCGUGGUGCUUUUUAGUUCCAGGUUGGUUCGUUUUUGCGUAUCCAUCUAUCUAUCUAUGUAUCGUGAGUGUGGGUGUGGUGGGUGUGCAUUUGUUAGUGAGUGGGAUGAGCGUGAGCGGACGGACAGCCAGAAGGUCUGUUUUUUCGCAGCAGAUGGAUGGCUGCAAGCUUACCGAUGGAUGCAUGGAUGUGUAAUGCAUGUCGAUACUUGCAGACAUAGAAAUAAACAGGUGGACGGCCUGCCUGUCUGUCUGUCUGUCUGACCGGUGUGUGUUGUGCUGCCAGCAAUGGGUGAAUGGAUGGACCUGAACGAACGAACGAAUCAAAGAACGAACGAACGAAUGGAUGGAUGAAUGUGGAGAAGAC